GUACGGAUCUGCGUGCGCGUUCCCGCCCUUCACAGGCGCGACUCGCCUAGAAAUAACGGAGGCUCAUUGUUCGGAAAAGCGGGUCGUUGCAGCCCCGCGGGCUUCUUCCGGUGAGUCUGAGCGCGUCUUGGAGGAAGGAGAACCGGAGCGGACGACGACGAUGGAUCCCCGGAGCGCUGACCCGGUUCCGUCCCGCCUCUAAACUAGCAGGCCGGCUCUUGUUGUGGUGGCGGCGGCGGCGGACGAUGCUCCAACAUGUCGGGGAAUCCGUACAAAGGAGGCCACGAAGUCAGCUGCUGCAUCAAAUACUUCAUCUUCGGCUUCAACAUCCUCUUCUGGCUGCUGGGCAUGGCUUUGGUUGGAAUCGGAAUCUGGGCCUGGAGUGAGAAGGGGGUUCUGUCCAACAUCUCCUCCAUCACGGACCUGGGGGGUCUGGACCCCGUCUGGCUCUUCGUGGUGGUUGGGGGGGUCAUGUUCAUCCUGGGCUUUGCCGGCUGCAUCGGAGCUCUGCGGGAAAACACCUUCCUGCUGAAGUUUUUCUCCGUGUUUCUAGGAAUCAUCUUCUUCCUGGAGCUGACGGCUGGAAUUCUGGCGUUUGUCUUCAAGGACUGGAUCAAGGACCAGCUCAACCUGUUCAUCAACAACAACAUCCGGGCCUACAGAGACGACAUCGAUCUGCAGAACCUCAUCGAUUUCACUCAGGAGUAUUGGGAGUGCUGUGGGGCUUUUGGAGUCGACGACUGGAACCUGAACAUCUACUUCAACUGCACCGACGGGAAUCCCAGCCGGGAAAAGUGUGGCGUCCCGUUUUCCUGCUGCACCAAGGACCCAGCGGAGGACGUGAUCAACACUCAGUGUGGGUACGACAUCCGAGCCAAACCGGACUCGGAGCAGAAGGACUACAUCAACGUUAAAGGCUGUGUGCCGCAGUUUGAGAAGUGGCUCCAGGACAACCUGACCCUGGUGGCUGGGAUCUUCAUCGGAGUGGCGCUCCUGCAGAUCUUUGGGAUCUGUCUGGCUCAGAAUUUAGUGAGUGACAUCGAAGCGGUGAGGGCGAGCUGGGUGCCCCCCCCUCUCUCCAUGCGUCGACUCCCACCGCAGUCCUGCAAGAAAUCAUCGGCCUACUACUCAUGAGACACACGUUUCUUUACCUAAAGCGGAGGCGGCGUCCGCCGUUGAACAGCCUCACGUUUGGAUGCGACCACGGAGCGUCACUGAUCACCGCGGCCUUCCACAGGAAGCAGCACCUCUGACCAGCCACUAACAUGUUCUGUGUAGACGAACACUGUGAGACUACUGACACCAGACGCUCCGCUUUUCACUGCUACCUUUAGAGAUUAGACCUUUGGAUACAUUUUUGAUAUUAGAUCAGUAUUUUAACAAAGAAUAAAGUCGUCCUUCAGGGUCGGAAAGGACCACGGACUGACGGGGUGGGCAGGGGGAGUGGGGUCACUUCAGGGUUUUUUCUGUCCAGCACUCAGAAAGCUCCUCGGUCUGAGCCGGAACCGCCUUUAGUCAUCGUCACGGUUCUUCUGGAUCAGUGUGGAGUCAAACUGCCGGUAAAGACCUGCAGGUGGAUGUGGAGGUCCGGGCUUCAGGGUCCAGGAUUUGGGGGGUGGGGUGGGGGUGGAACACUCUUAUUAUUCUGGUCUUUUUCGUUGUCUUUUAUGAUGUGACUUGGGUUGUUGGGCGGCCUGUGGCAGUCAGGACGGGGGGAGGGGGGGGGCAGGAUGGAUUUAGCCCAGUGAACAGUGAUGUGGUGUUGCCAUGGAGACCGCCACUCCUCCGCGGGGGUUUGUUACCGUCCCCAUCGCCCCGCUGGUUCUUUCCUCUGACCGCACCUCCAACCCGUGUGUGGGAAUCUGGGCAGCUCCUCUUUUUGUUUCUUUUUCUAACCGUUUUAUCGACACGUCGUCUGAAGUCGGACUGAAGGACAAAACGCAGCAGAUGCAGAAAGAGUAUUGUUGUUUCCAUGAUGCAGUAUGAACUCUGAUGACCAGGACGACAUCUGCAUGGACCACCUGACCUGGAAAUACUGGAAACAUUUUUUCAUGGAGUAUCCGAGUACAGCAGAUAACUGCAGAGGUUUCAGUAUUUUCCCCGUCAGCAGAGAUGUCUCCUGCUCGUCUUCAUGCGUCCAUCAUUCCCGCCUCGUCCGUCUGCUGGACGGUUCUCCGUAGAGGUCAGGCUGUCUGAACGUGCAGUUUCCUUCCAGCGGUAAAUGUAGGAACAGAACCGUCUUAUUUCUUUUUCUCCCUCACCGUUGAGAUUCAAACAGAAACUGUGCAUUUUAGUGAGUUGAAAGAUAAAGUUCUGUGAGAACAUUCGGGUCAAAGCGGGUCUGCCUGCUUUUAUGCUGUGGUUCUGUUUGUCAUAGACGUCGUGUUUCCUCUGAGGACGUCAGUCAAGUUUGAGGGAUCCGGGUCACAUGAUCCGGAUCAGACCAGGUUCCUCAGACUGGACUCUUCUGAACACUUGAAUGAAACAAAUCGGGCACUUUGACUCCAGAGUUUGUGUGAAUGAAGCACAUCUGUACUACUGAAUGGACUUUCCAAUGUUCCUGUGAAGGUUACUGUUACAUGAAGACGAGGUUUUUCCAGCGGACCUUAGCGGUCUCAAGUACAGGAAGUGAAAAGGGACAAAGGGUUUGUGAUAAUAUUUUUUGUAAAUGUGAUUUCCUGACAGUCGCACUAAUUUAGCUGAUCACUGUCCAAACGUGAACCUCUUUGCUUCCCUCAUGUUUGUCUUGUUCUGGUUUUUGAAUAAAUUCCUUCACCCACACUAA